AUGGCGCUGGCAUCUGCACACAGAGUGACCUUCUCUGUGCUGGCAGUGCCCCUGCAGCAAGAAUUGGGGCUCAGCUUGCCACAGAUGGGGAUCCUGCAAAGUGCCGUGCUGGCUGGCUACAUCCUUGGACAGGCGAGUACAUCAUUUAUACCUCUUGGGAUUGUAGCGGACAGGAUUGGGGGCACCCCAGUGAUGCAUGUGAGCAUCUUCCUCUGGUCAUGCGUCACUGGGCUGACCUCAUUCGUCCGCGGAGCACCCCAGUCACUGCAAUUUCCCGCACUGCUGAUUGCCCGUGUCACCCUCGGCCUCGGCCAGUCUUGCAUCAUGCCUGCUACAUCCGCAAUGGCCGCCAAGUGGGUGCCUCAUCAGUAUAGGGCAAGAGCGAUGUCAUUUGUCUAUGCUGCAUUCAGCCUGGGCAUGGUGGCUGGCCUUGUCUGCUUCCCAGCUGUUGCAGCACCAUUUGGAUGGCCGACAGCACUGGUGGUUUUUGCCGCCGGUGGAAUCGCCUGGGGGGCGUCAGCUGUGGGUGGAAUGGUGGCAGGCUGGCUGGCUGAUCACCUGCAGGAGAGCCAUCAAUGGAAGCCAGCUCGUGUGCGAGCCUUCAUUCAAACAGUCGCCACAAUAGGUCCGGCUGUCAGCCUUAUUCCGCUCAUCUUGGCGAAGAAUUCCUGUGGGCUGCACUUGGCAGUCGCUUGCCUGACAGCGUUCAUGGGGCUCCAGGCCUUUGCCUACUCUGGCUUCCAUGCCUAUGUCCAGGAGGUGGCACCAUCGGACGCUGGCAAGCUGUUGGGGCUGAGCAACAGCGCAUCCACCCUUGUGGGGAUGGCAGGAAAUGUGGUCACAGGCGGCAUGGCCGCAUCUAGCUGGGGCUACUCUGGUCUCUUUGCAGUGACAGCCGUACUGUACACCGGGUCAUGUCUGACCUGGAACGCAUGCAUGAAGGGGCAGCCGCUCAACCUCAACCUUGUAUAAAAGAUGCCUUGGAGACCUUGUAUGAUUCUUCGCUAGGCAAUUUUAAGUAAAACAUUGCAUAUUCAUUCUGCCUGUACACAGAAGCAGCAGUGCUGUCUCUCUGUAUAUGUAUAUCAUUGAAAAGUGUCUUGUUCAUCUUGUACUAUUAGAUGUAUCACUUAAAAGUAUCUUCUAGUAGGUGCAGGUGGUUUCAUUGGUUGCGAUAUGUGGCUCUGAACAUCAUGAAAUUGACUGGCAACAUGUUUGAGGUUUACUUGGCUAUAUAGAGCUUGCAAUUCUUCAAAAACGCAACAGAUAUCUAGAUAUCUUUAUCUAAUGGCUCUAUUGUAUACUACUAAUUGUCUUAAAGAUGGAUGCGAAGUUUGUCAUCAUGUCAAUUCUACCCUCGAGGCAAGACACAUUUGCGCUGGCCACUCGGUAUCAGUCCUUUCCAGCGAGCACAGCCUUCGAUUCGGCAUAAAUGUUCUUUCUUGAUGGCUUCCAGUGACAGGUUCAGAGAAUUUCACAGGAUGCUUGAUAGUAUAAGCAUGUAAAACUAGCAACAU